AGGAAAUCUCUAUCGGCGGAGCACACGGCGAGGAGGCAAACACAACAAAGGGUGCUUUGACUGCAACUGCUCCAAUUUGAAGGCGUUGUGGUCAACAUCAGCUGCGCAGCGUCUUCCUUUCUCUUGUUGUUGUUUUUCGUCCUGAGACGGGAAAAGAAGAAGAGGAGAUAUUGACUGCUGACAUUCGUAGAGGCGGCGGCGAUCAACGAAACGGUCAUCCACUCCUCACAGCGCGCGGUGUGAGCGUGAACUACUCCAAUCUUGUUGUUCCAGAUUAAAAUAAUACAUAAGCAUAGAAGCCUGUUCGAUUCGUUUUGCUUGCUUUUCGACACGCCUUCAACUUCUUUGUUUUUAAGAGAAAGCGCAUUCCCCUGCCAUGACGGACAAGACAGCAUCGCCUGCGGUAGUGGCGGAGGACAACACCGCCAACUCUGCCUCUAUAUUCGGCGAGUGCGUGCUCAAGCUGACCCACUCCACCACCUACGAGCCUCCGCUCUACUUGUUUCCGGAGUUGCUGCCGCAGGUGCCGCAGGGCACGCCGCCGCUGCCCGUGUGGGACGCCGUAGCGGACGCGGUAGAUAUCAGUGCCUCGUCCUGGCGUGUGGCCGACGUCUCCCAGUUGAUAGCCGCUGGUACUGCCGCCGCUGCUUCGUCCACCGUACUGCGCGGUGAAGCAAAGAGUAGCAAUUCCGCUUCACGCCCCCCGCAGGCCAUGGUGACGCUCGCUUCCAUGGUUGCCGAGAACCGUCUUCUUGCGGCUGGGCUGGACGCGAGCGCGCUGAAGAGCGGCUUCUUUUCUUCUGCGGGGAUCAUCCAGCAGCUCGCCACACUCCGGGCGCGCAUGGGUUUGACGGAGGAGGAAGGCGCGGCGAUCAUGUCGAACCAUUUUAUCAACCUCCUCGCGUGGCAGAAGUUGUGCGAUAUCAACGGUGGAGACGGAAGCGCGCAGGCUGCUGCGGUGCCAAAGAGAGGAGAGGAGCUGCAUAACAACGAUGCAGGCGCCUCUUCUUCUUUGGCGCAUCCGUCACCUGCAUUGUCGCGCAAACGUGCGCGCGGCGCCGAGACGAGCGAUCAGGAAGAAGAGAAUGCUGAGGAGGAAGACAGCAACACGUGGCUUCCUUCACCGAAUCCCUGGGCCACGGAUGCCCAACUGACGCGUAACGAUGCCAUCAAUGGCGUGAAGUUUGUCUCUUCCACUGAGAAGAACGUGGAGGGUCGUGUGGAUCUGCUGCGCGUCUUGGCAAAGCUGUACAAGCGCCCGUGGCGGACGCUGACCUCGCAAGGACAGCAAACGGACUGCGUGGUGCCGCCGGGGAUGAUGAACGUGACGAGCCCCUUCGCCGAUAAUAGCAAAGUGCCCGGAGCGAUGCUGGACCCCCUGGGGGAGCUGGGGUGGGGUAUUGCCGCAAGCGCGAAGAACGACGCUUUGUUUUUUGGUUCUGUUCGUGUAGCACACAACGCGUGCUUUUACUCUGUGGUCUUGUCCUCUCGCACAGGCACGGCAACGACACCUCCGCAGCGGGUACCGUUGAGACAGUUAGCGACCCACUUUGGGCGUGAGGCGGGUGUGCGGUCGGCCGCAGCGGUGGCAGCCGCGGCGUUGGUGCCGAUCGAUGCGGGACUUGAGCCGUACGCCACGCAUCCUGAGGUCCUUUCAGGGCUUCAUUUCGACCUUGUGUUGCGGCCGGUGUACGAGCACAAAGCGGAGCUUGCAAAUGAGGGUCGCAUAGAUGACACUGAGGAGGCGUCCUCCGAGGACGGCGCUACACCGCCACGCGAUUACGCCGUGGUGCACACGAAGACGCCCGGCCACUACACGCUGUGGCUGCUGAACCACGGCAGGAAUGGCAUUCGCAUUGUGGGGAAAGGCUGGAUACUCGGCGAGCCGCGGCAGCUCCACGCGGGGGAUGUGCUGGUGGUGGGGAACGAGGUGGAGGUGCGUGUGGAGGCGCACACUACUGCUGCAGCUGCGUGUGCGUCCGCGACAGAGGCGAGCGCAGCGGACAAAGUGGAGUCUACGUCCUCCUCUCAAGUGAAGCGAGAACGCGCAGAUGUGGAGUAA